AUUCAUUGAAAAAUAAGCACAGACGGCAAAAAUUGGUUCAACUAUUUUAGCUGUUCUCGCCUUUAAAAGAGACCAGGCCAACUGGAAAAAGAAGAAUGUCAAUAUUAAAUUUUAGGUUACAUUUAAAUUUUGAAUUUUUCUUUAGCCCAAAAAUUACAUUUAUUUAACAAAAUGUUAAAACUCAUUCAGUCUUUUACUAGAUAUCGACAAAUUUUGCCAAUGCAGCGCAUUAAUUGCGUUCAGGCAAACUCCAGUUUUAGUACAGCCCAAGAGCCUGUAAACGAACAGAAAAUAUUAGAAAAACUUAGAGGUAGAUUUCCAAAUGCCUCCUCCAUUCAUGUUGAAGAUACUUCAGGGGGUUGUGGUGCUAUGUUCAAUGUUGCAAUAGAAACAUCAGAGUUCAAAGGAUUAUCCAUACCUAAACAGCAUAAGGUUGUCUACGAUGCUUUAAAAGAAGAAAUUAGUAAAAUACACGGAUUGCAUUUACAGACUAGAGUUUCUGAUUAGAAGUGUAGUGAAUUCGAACAAUGGGUUAUGAAAUUUCAAGUUUUUAGUAGGUUAUCUGUUAUUUGUAUGCUAUUUUCGAUUCAAUGAAUUGAAGAGGUGUAUAAUUGUAAAUAUGUAUAAAUUGAAGACUUUUAUAAGCUCUAGCUACAAAUAAAAGAUCUUUUCUUUAUA